GUUAGAUGGAGGUAUAGAGAUUUUUCAUUGGUGUAGUGUAGAAUUUUUUUAUCCAAAGUUCAAAGAACCGCAUUCGUGCAUCUUUUUGUCAAUAGUUUUUAAUUUGUAAUCAUACAGUGAUUAUUUAAAUUGUCUUUUAACACAUAAACAAUGUUGAUCAAAGUGAAGACUCUUACCGGAAAGGAGAUUGAAAUAGAUAUAGAACCUACAGAUAAAGUAGAAAGGAUUAAGGAAAGAGUGGAAGAGAAGGAAGGAAUACCACCGCAGCAACAGAGAUUGAUAUUUUCUGGGAAGCAAAUGAAUGACGAGAAAACGGCGCAAGAUUAUAAAGUUCAAGGUGGAUCAGUAUUGCACUUGGUACUCGCAUUAAGGGGGGGCUUGUAAUUAUGACAUUCCUUAUUUUGGAAUGUAUGCGUGUAUGCGUGUGUGUGUGAAUAUUACAGAUUGUACGAAAUCAAUCAUAAAUAUAAUAGAAUGCUUUCCAAUGUUACAUUCGCCGCGCUGUAUUUGCAAGGAUAUAUAAUUGUCUAUUGAUUGAACAAUUACAUUUAGAAUUGAAAUAAAUAUUAAUAAAAGUAAUUUAGUUAUAGAAACCUAGUACUUACUUAACCAGUAACCGGUAAUUGUCUUUCAGUUACGUCUAAUUAUGCAAAAUAUUCGCGUUCAAUGUUUACAACGUUAGUAAAAUUUUCCUAUAUUUGCGCAAUCCCCAUUGAAGCGAGACCCGAUCCGAAUUUGAGUAAAUUUUUACAAAAUUACGAAACUCGAGUUCGUAUCAUUUCGUUAACAGUUUCUAUGAUAUUUGCUGUUAUGAGUUGCCAGACUCCAUUUUGUUUUAAAAAAUCGUUGACAAAUAUUGCAGUACGCGGUAGAACUCGGCGACUCUUCGUGUUUUGAUGUAACAUGCCGUAGAAGAGCGUGCUGCGUUGUAAAUGUAACACCGCAUUUAUCACAGAAUGAUCCUGGCGAAUGCAAACUCCAUGCCGGUAUCCUUGUGUGUGCCUCUAUAAAUUUAUAUCUUCCUAUAACUAACGCUGCAAUAAUACUGCAUCGCAAUAAAUAUUUGAUCAAGACUGGUUUCUAAUUCUUUCAUAAUUAGUUUGCGAAUAAUGACACGGAUAAUUUCAAUAAAUUUGUUCCCUAUACGCGUGAUACUUUGAAUCACAUGUAAAGUAGCAAAAUAAUCGAGAAUGUAAAAUAUCACAACGAUGUCCCGAGAUUCUUGAUCAAGUAUCAAAUAUACAAGAAUAUUUCAUCAAGAAUUUUUAAUUAUUUUUAAUUAUUUAUUCCCUUGUCGAAUAUAUUUUCAAGGUUUCCAAGAAUCUCAGAAAUUUUUCUCUUCACGAUAACCGAAAUAAUAUACUCGUCAGUUUUUACCGCAAUGCGUAUUGUCUAUGAAACUUGCAAGAUGCCCACUUUCGCAUUAUACUAAAAAAAAAAAAAAGAAAAAAAAGAAAAGAAAAAAAUAAAAGAGGCAAAAAAAGAAAGAGUAUGUUCACACACCACAAGCAGAACAGAGCCGUAUCAAGAAUACAUUUAAAAGAAGAUAAUUGUAAUAUUCACAUUUAUAUGUUUACUUUCUUGUAAAUAAAUACCACAAAUC